AUGGGCGCCCAAAGCCGCACCAAUGGCCCACCAGCACAAGCAACGAGUCGCGACAAACUCCUCGAGCAUCGUCAAGAGCUCGUCAACCUCACAUAUAAGCGCGGACAGUUUGUCACAUGUCCAGCGUGUCGACAUGGAAGCACCACUAUACUAGCCAAGGAGCGGCUCGCGGGAUGGCGAUACGCAGCCGGUACCGCCGUCGCCAUCAUCUUUGCGCCCCUCACCCUCGGGGUCAUGCUCCUUGUCCUGCCUCUUCUCUUCAAACCGCAGUUUGCCGUCCACUCGUGCCGGCGCUGCGGCCUGCGCCUCGCCAUCACCACCGGCGGCUUGAGCGACUAUGCCUUUACCAUUGCCGCCGACGUAUCCGACGCCAACUUUGCCCCGGCCGAGGACGACUGGCGGCCCGACCUGGCGCGGCUGCCGGGGGGAAUGCGCGUGGCCCGGUCCCCGUUGGGCCCGCGGCCGGAAAUCUCGGAAAGGGAGAUGAAGACGUGCUGCAAGCGCUUUGCAGGCCUGAAAGCCAGGACGCGCAUCAAGAUGGUCUCGGACGACUGGCAGCGCAGUACGGUGCGGUGCAUGGUCAUGACUGGUGCGGACAAUCCAGCGACGGCGCGGGAAAGAGAGCAAGGGCACGGGGAAGUCUUUUGUCAGAUUUACCAAAAUAAUGUCGAGCAUGUCAGCUCCUACGCGUACUCUGACGCAAACAUCCAAGUCACCAUGCGCGCCGCUGCUCCGAAUCUAAACACAUCCGAUAAAGACGAGCCGCCGCCGCCACACACUGCAGCUAAUAACGGUGGUGGCUCGUUGCCCUCCGACUCGACCGAAUUCACCGAAGCGUGCCGCAUCCACUUCUUUCCCGGCGACGACUACUCUGUCCAUUUCCAUCUUCCAUCCAACAAACCCCCCGCGUACUCUUCCUCCUCGUCUUCCUCGUCGUGCCCGCCGCCCACCACCACCGUCGUCAACAGGUCUCCCGUGUCGAAGCGCUUCCGCACGCAGUUUUGGGGCGGCAUGCCCAUCUGGCGCUGGAAGUCGUCCGAGGGAAACCUGCUGUGGGUGUCGCGACGCUUCCGCGACGCGGACAUGGCGGCGCUGACUACGACGCUGUGCCUUGUCGACGACUAUGAGCGCCUCGUGGCGGCCGUCGACGGCUGGGAGAGCUGGCGGAUGAUGAUGCCUGCUGCUGGUGUCGCAGCCGCUGCUUCUGAUGGAGAUGGCUCUGGCGGUGGCGGUGGCGGAAUGAUGCACGAGUGCAGACUGAAGCUGUAUGCGGAUCUGGAUGCUGGGGUGCUGGGUGAGAUAUUGGGUAGCUAUUGCGCGCUGCUUGUGCAGGUGAGGAGGGCUACAAAGGUACUAAAGGUGGAGGAUGAUAUGAAGCGGAGUUCGUAUUAG